GCCCCUGCCGCCGCCGCGCCCCCCGCGGGAGAUGGAACAGCGGAACCGGCUCGGCGCCCUCGGAUACCUGCCGCCGCUGCUGCUGCACGCCCUGCUGCUCUUCGUGGCCGACGCUACAUUUACCGAAGUCCCCAAAGAUGUGACAGUACGGGAGGGAGACGACAUCGAAAUGCCCUGCGCAUUCCGGGCUAGCGGAGCCACCUCGUAUUCGCUGGAGAUUCAGUGGUGGUACCUCAAGGAGCCGCCCCGGGAGCUGCUGCACGAGCUGGCGCUCAGCGUGCCCGGCGCCCGGAGCAAGGUAACAAAUAAGGAUGCAACUAAAAUCAGCACCGUGCGCGUCCAGGGCAAUGACAUCUCGCACCGACUGCGGCUGUCGGCCGUGCGGCGGCAGGAUGAGGGCGUGUACGAAUGCCGCGUGUCCGACUACAGCGCCGACGACACGCAGGAGCACAAGGCCCAGGCGCUGCUGCGCGUGCUCUCGGGCUUUGCGCCGCCCAACAUGCAGGCCGCCGAGGCCGUGUCCCACAUUCAGAGCAGCGGUCCGCGUCGCCACGGCCCGGCCAGCGCCGCCAACGCCAACAACGUGGGUGCCACGGGCGCCGCGGGCCGCGCCACCUCCGACAGAAGCCCGGCUCCGGGGAGCCCCCCCGCCGCCCCAGGUCCCGGAGUCCCCGAGGCGUCUUCCGCAGCCUCAUUUGGGCUCGCGCGCUUCCUGCUGUUUACUGUUUAUUGCUGGUCGCUCAGAAGCAUUCAAGACGUGUAUUUAUGA